AUGAGAGAAAUAACUGUUGCAGCUAUAAACCGAAAAGGUACAGUUGAUAAAGCUCAUCGAAUUAAAAUAGACAAAAAUAUUAUUUUAAACAAGCAGUUAUUUGAUUUUGUUAGCGAAGACAGUAUUUCAAUUUGUACAACAAAUAAUAAUUCUGUAAAAUUCACGAAAAAAGAUCCAAGUAGUUGGGAGAAUGAUCCAGAAUUUAUUGAAGCUAAGAGGACAGUCAAAAGUUGGAAUAUAGUCAAUGAUUUGGCGGAACGAGUUAUUGCAUUGACGUAA